CUCGUAGUGUGACAGUUCUUUGCAGCAUAUCGCCGAAAUCAAGAGCCUUUUUGUUUUUAGUUGAGGUGAUGGAAUGGCAGUAGAUGGAAACAUAAUCUUGUUCCUAUCCAGUUCAGUUAUUUUACCGAGACUUCUGAUGGGAGUGCUUUGCUUGAAAGAAUUAUAACCUAUCAUAAUAUGCAGUUCAGUACGCCAACGAUAUAGUUAUGUUCCGUCAAAGAAAACUACAGGCUAAGCUUGAUUCUUCUCAGUCAAAAAUUGGGAAGAUCGAUUGCUCACAGUUUACGAGGUCUCAAACUAUAAAUCCUGUUUUGCUUCCACCUUUCCUGUUGGGAGAAUCUUCAGCAAGGCAUUCAGUCAGUGGACAAACAAAACCAAAAGAAGAGAAAGUGCAAACUGAUGGCUCUUUCACAGCAUCCACACCUGAAUCAGAGAAACCUAAAUGGCCACCAGUAAGGACACAGAAUGACUUACUUGAAAAUUACAAUUUUGAAUAUUCACCAUGGUAUCCAAAGAAGCCAUGGGACAUCGAAACUGAUAGAUUGUCGAGCAAUGCGGCAGAGGCAAAUGGCCUGGAGAAGCGCAGCCACUGGGCACGGCUGUGGGUCACAGUGCUCGGAGUGCCACCAUCGCUUCUCGGGCGGCGGAGGGUGUUGCGUCUCGUGGAGGACGUCUGCCGAGGUGGCAGGGGGUCAAUAUGUGAGGUGGCUGGCCCUGUCAUGGGAGGCCGCAAGAUGCAUCUCCGCAUGGUUACAGCAGAACUUGCUUCUCGCCUCCUGAGGAACAAUGGCGGGCUUCUCGAGAUGCCAGUUGAGGGACCUCCGAUUCGUGCAGAACCGUGCACCAAUCAGAGUAUACUGGACAGAUACGAGGAACUAGGCAAAACACAACCCUCAGAGCAACAGAGGCAUAUUCUCUCUCCAGUGGCACAACCAUCAUGGCGUGGUACUAACGAAACGGUGGGGUGGGCUGUUCGCCAGGCGCAAGCAAGGUUAAACCGGAAGUCGUCCCUCCUCAUAAACUUCGACGGAGUUGGCAGGAGGAACUGGUACAUCGAUAUUCUCUGUAGCAUCACAAUGUAUGAGAGAAAUGUAAAAAGGAAUUUUUAUAACUGGAAGACUGACAUGUGUUUCUGAAGAUUUUAAAUGACUUCCAGAUGACACAAAUUGAACAGGUGCAUGUGUAAUAACAUCUGGAUUCCCUGUAAUCAAGUAUUUUAUCAAUAAACAUGUUUAUAUUUUGUAA